CAAGGCGGAAGUCAGAAGUGAAAAUGGCAGCAUCUAGCCACUGGAGUCCGCGACGAACUGCGGCUUUUAUCGCCUUUUUCCUCUCAUUACUAACUUCAGGAAAUGCCACAGCUCAAGUGCCUCUUCUCAUGUGGUCCAGCGACGGGUUACCACCGCUGGCCUCGCCCACUGCUGGCCACAUAACCUCCAUUGACCAGUUGACAGCCUACCUCACCUCCGCCUUCAGCGCUGGUUCACACACUGUGCUGCUUUUUCUGCAGGACAAGUUAAGCAAAGAGGACUUCACGGUCUUUGGUGGCGUGUUUGGAAACAAGCAGGAAAGCGCUUUUAGAAACCUGGAGGCUGCAUUGCAGUCCUCCUCCUCAUCUGUGACACUCCCUGCACUGGAGUGGUCAGGCUCCUCCGCCGUCCUGGCUCUGCUGCAGGAGAAGCUCGGCGUUUCUCCUCUGCUUGUAGACGCAGACACUCUGCCACACCUGAGCAUCAACGCAUCCGCCAGCAAUCUGCUGCUCAUCAACCUUCCUUAUUGUUCAGGAUUGCAGAAGUCAUGCAAAGAAACUCUGCAGAAUAAUGAUGAGAUAAUUGGAAAAGUUCAGACUAUCAUGAAAGACAAAGGUGUGCGAUACACUGCGAUAUAUACAGGACUCCAGCCAUCACGAGUGAUUUCAGAGACACUUGAGAUGCCUCAGCCGGCAGGCCGGUCCUUGUUGCAAUCAACCCCAGCGCCAGUGAAGCCCCCCGUCAUUUUUUAUAAUGCCAGCACUCCGUGCAUCAUGCUGUGGGCUGAGAAACUCUCCGUCAGCUUCUCCAGCCCGACCGAGUGGAUCGACCUCCCUACAGAGGACCUUCCUACAUCCGCUUUGACGGGAUCUGUGUGUAACGGCACAAACUCACUGCUUGUCAUCAGUUUCACAAGAGGCAUCACGCUACGUUUUGCCAUGAGUCAGAGGUUCUACUCGGUGUCGGCACGGAACUGGUUCACCCUGGACUCAGUGCAGCUGGAAGCAAACGGAACCACGGCCACGUUCUUCGGGAACCGCUCCAUCUACGCCCCUGCUGAGUAUUCCUUCCGCUGUCAGUCUGUCAGCAGCUUCCAAGAUGCGCUGCUCAUCCCGAGCACAACGGAGUCGGCCCAGUCCGACUGGAGACUCAACUUUGUCGACUUCCAGAUCCAGGGCUUUGGUCUGUCCAAUGGGACGAACUUCUCCUACGCCAGUGACUGUGCAGGCUUCUUCACUGCAGGCGUCUGGAUGGGUCUGCUCACCUCUCUGCUCAUGCUGCUCAUCCUGGUGUACGGCUUACACAUGAUCAUGCAGGUGAACACCAUGGAUCGGUUCGAUGACCCCAAGGGCCCAUCCAUUUCUGUGCCUCAAACGGAGUGAAGAACACACACACACACACACACACACGCUCGCACACACUCCUCAGUCAUUCAGUGCCUUUUGAUGGAUCAUCGCCACAUGUAUGCUUAUCUUUCCUCACCUUCAUAACUACAAGUGCCAGAAAUUGAUGCAAUUUGUAUUUUGCAUGAGCUCAAAGAUUUUUUUUUUGUGCCACUAGCUGGCUGUGCACAGUCGAUACUUUGAAAAAAAAGUCAUUUGCACUCUUCUCAAAAUUCCUUUUUCUCCAACAUGAAUGUGAUCACUGAAUGCUGUAGGACCUUUCGAAACCUCAAUUCUUACUGUUUUUAUUUCCUCCCUGACUUGACUGUAAAGAAAGAAGUGCCUUUAUGUCAUACUUCCUGUGUGGAUUUAGUUCUGCUGUCGCUUACUGUGAUUUAAUCGUGUCUGCCACUGAAAAGCUUCCUUAGCAAGUAAUUUAUUGAUGUAAAAAAUAUAUUAUGCCUUCCCUGUCUUCAAACAUUUGCUUUUUGAUUCACAGUCCUCGGUUUUGUAUUUGUCCAAUUGUGCUGUUGCUAUUACAUGUACAGGAUGUUGUCUGUAACUGAAAAUAAAGAAAUCUUUAAAUUACA